AUGAGAUUAUCUCAGUCGCUUUUCCUGUUGACGGUGGCUGGGUCCAUCGCCCAUGCUAGCAGCGACAAGGUUGCCCGGCCCCGUGGUGUAGGUCCAGAAUUUGCCAAAUUCUACCAGGACACAGAGACCUUCACCUGUAUCUCCAACCCGGCCGUUAAGAUCCCAUUUUCAGCUGUUAACGAUGACUUCUGCGAUUGUCCGGAUGGCAGUGACGAGCCUGGCACCGCUGCCUGUUCGCAUCUUUCGCAAAACUCCCCGCUUACCGUGGCGGAUCGUCCAGGGCACAGUGAGAUGGAACUAACUCUCGCAUUGCCUGGGUUCUACUGCAAAAACAAGGGCCACCGACCCUCAUAUGUCCCGUUUCAGCGUGUAAACGAUGGAAUUUGUGACCAUGAGCUAUGCUGUGAUGGUAGUGACGAAUGGGCACGUGUGGGAGGUACCAAGUGCGAGGACCGAUGCAAGGAGAUCGGUAAGAAGUGGCGCAAAGAGGAGGAGCAGCGCCAGAAGUCCAUGACCGCGGCCUUGAAAAAGAAGAAGGAGCUUCUCGUGGAGGCUCGUCGACAGCAGGCAGAUAUUCAGAAGAACAUCGAUCAAUUGCAGUCUGAGGUUAAGGAAGCGGAUCUUAAGGUAGCGGGCCUCCAGGCUGCGCUGAAGGUCGUUGAAGAGCAAGAACGCAAGGUUGUUCGUACUAAGGGCAAGGGCAAGGUCAAUGCUCUUGCGGGAGUUGCGAAGGCUCGUGUGCAGGAACUGCGUGAGGGUGCUCUAGACCUUCGUCGGCAGCGAGACGAUACUCUCGAACGUAUGAAGGAGCUCGAGGAGAUUCUUUCCAAGUUCAAGAUCGAGUACAACCCUAACUUUAACGAUGAGGGUGUCAAGCGCGCUGUGCGCAGCUGGGAGGACUAUGCUGCUCGUGAACUUGGUGACGGAAUUAACGAAGACAAAGAACGUGAUUUGGAAGAGAUUGUCAAGGUUGAUAGCAAAGAUUCGGGUGUCGAUUGGGAGCACUGGGAGAAUGAGGACGAUGGCUGCGCCGAGUCUGACCUAGUAUACAAACUGGCGGCCUACUUUCCACCAUCACUCGUUGAUUUUAUUGAGGACAAAGUCCUAUCUGCUCGAUCUUUCCUGGAAGACAAUGGAAUUCUGGCCAAGCCUAACAGUGAUUCCUCCUCAGAGUCGAAGGCAGUGACUGAUGCACGGGAUGCACUCAAGUCCGCCGAGGACUCUCUGAACAGAUUGAACAACAAGGUUAACGACCAACAGUCCGAUUUAGAGAAGGACUAUGGUUCGUCGGGAAUUUUCCGUGCUCUGAAGGGCCAAUGCAUCGAAAAAGAUGCAGGUGAAUAUAAAUACGAGCAUUGCUUCUUGGACUCAACAAAGCAGAUCCAAAAGAAAGGUGGCUCCAAUAUGUCCAUGGGUAAAUUCACUCAGAUCAGCAUCACCACUGUUGAGGAGCUUAGCGAAACGGGAGAUGUCAUCAACAUUGAAAAGGUGGCAUUGGAGUAUGAGCGUGGACAAUCCUGCUGGAAUGGUCCUAACCGAUCGACCAAAGUCAUCUUGGAAUGUGGUGAGCAAAAUGAAAUCUUGAAGAUCGCCGAGGAUGAGAAGUGCGUGUACUCGAUGCUUGUGACCACCCCAGCUGUUUGCCCUGGUGGUGAAGAGGAGACUGCUCCCUCAAAGGAUGAGCUGUAA